CUUUAAUGAAUAGAUAUUCUUGUUACUAAAUUAAAUAUUAAGGUUAAUUUAUAGGCUGAAUGACUCUGGAAUAUGAAAGCAAUCAAAAUCUAUUGACAUUUAAUCUUGUAUUUUUCUCUGCAUUGGACAUUGAACAUAGUAGGCAAGUUUGGUACAUCCUCAGAUUUGUAAGCAUUUAAUCUUAUUAAUCUGUAGUUACAUUUCAUAUAAGCAAGUUAUUUUGCCAAUAAUUUUGUUACUAUAUGGUUAAGUAAUGUUUCUUCAGUGUUUAACAACAUUUCUUUAUUUCUGUAGGGUUCUGAGGAUUAGAAAUUGAAUAAAUCACUCACCAAAUAUAGAGCCUGUAGUUCCUCUAGAAAAAGUUCCAGAUGAAUACCAGGUUUUGUUCAAGCAAGAUGGUACCUUUCCACUUUCCCCCAUCAAAAUUGGCACUUUGGAACCCAAUGCCAAUUGGAGAUUUCAUAUAUUUGCAUCUCAGUUACUACAGAAAGCCAAAGCUUGUGGUAACUGAAAAGGUCAUUCGACUUGCUUAUCGUCAUGCUAAGCAGAAUAAAAAAAAUGUGUUGUGCUUCUUACUUGGUUCUCUCACAGUGGAUGAAGAUGAAGAAGGAGUGACUCUGACAGUAGAGCGCUUUGACCCUGGUCGAGAAGCACCCGAGUGCUCAGAAAGAACUCCUACUGCUUCUCUCCCUGGGGAUGCUGUGAUCCCCUGUAAAGUUCACACGCCAGGACUCUGCUCAAGAGAUAGAACAGUUCAUAACGCAGAUGACUUUAGUUCAGCUUUAAAGGCUUUACAAUACCAUGUGUGUAGCAAAGACUUCUUGGACUGUGGAAAGCUGCUUUCCCUGCGAGCUCACAUCACCGCCAGGGAGAGUUUGGACAGUGUGGAUUUUGAGUUGCAUUGGGCAGCAGUAACUCUAGCAAACUCUUUCAAGUGUGCACCUGUGAAGCCCAUCCCCAUUAUCCCUACAGCACUAGCAAGGAACUUAGGCAGUAAGCUGAGUAUUUCUCAAGUUCAAGGAACCUAUAAACAUGGAUAUAUUACCAUGGAUGAAACACGCAAAUUGUUACUUUUGUUGGAAUCUGAUCCCAAAGUCUAUUCUUUACCAUUAGUGGGAAUUUGGCUGUCUGGAGUUAUACAUAUCUAUAGCCCUCAGGUCUGGGCUUGCUGCUUGAGAUACAUGUUCAGCUCUUCUAUUCAGGAAAGGGUUUUUUCAGAAUCUGGAAAUUUUAUCAUGGUUCUUUAUUCGUUGACACAUAAGGAACCUGAAUUUUAUGAGUGCCUUCCUUGUGACGGUAGGACACCUGACCUUCAGCUUCAGUUAUUAACCAACAAGGACACUUUACGUCUUUUCAACAGUGUUGACCCUUCUGACAAAAAUCCAAUCCAUUUUGAACUCAGUGCUGAAAGUCAAGAUGCAGAAGCAGAGGCCGAGUUUCUUAGCAAAAUUUCCAAGAAUCUUUCAGUUAAGAGAUCUUCUCAAAAACUAUCUCCUGGGAAAAUACCAAUAAAUAAGCACGACACUGACCUUGAAGAUGAAGAUUUUUCUCCAAGACCGAGUCCCAGUCCUCACCCAGUGAGUCAGAAGAUUUCUAAGAUCCAGCCAUCUGUUCCUGAACUUUCACUUGUAUUAGACGGCAACUUCACAGAGUCAAGCAGUCAGCCCAACCUGGUGGAGACGGUGAAUCUGGAGAAUCCUUUGCUGAGGAAGCCAUUGCAGCCUGAGCUUCGCGAUGACAAACAUAGCUCAGAAGCUGAUGCUGGGGAGCCUUCCUUGAAGGGAAUGCCAAGUCAGUUAGGCCAGGACACUGCUUUGAGACAGUGUAGAGGGAAGCAAUCAUCUUGUAAGAAAGAGAGCCCCCAGCUCAGGAACGCUAAUGCUAACCCGUCUCUCAAUGUGCUGUCUCCUGAUGUAUCUGAGAAACUUCAAGCAGUUUCUGCUGUGAGCAUGCAAAAGGAAGACUAUCCGAUGAGACCUUCUACACAGAAUGCUAGGCAGCCCUCUCUUGCUCCACAAGCCCAUCCACACAAUUUUGUUUUUUCACCCCACAAUUCGACAAGACCAGUGGAGCUUCAAGUACCCACUCCUUCACUACCACCUUACUAUUCCACCACCAUCUGCAGCUGUUGUCAACGUCAUGGUCAUAUUCAGUAUAGCACGAUAAAUUCUUGGCAAGGAAAUACAAUAGGGUCCAUUCAGGACCUCCGCUCUGAAGCCCUUCCAAAACAUGCAUUAUUUCACUCAAGUGGAUGCCCAUCUCUGUUUCAUAAUGCCAUCUACUCUUCGAGUAGCCCUGUGGCCACAAAACCUCAGGGAGGCAUGGACAGCUAUUCUCCCCACAACAUUGAAGAUCCAUCCCCUGUGGCAGGACCUUCACAUAUGGACUCCUGUGUGCCACAGCCUUGUGCCAUGUGCAUGCACACACCCAGUACAGCACCAGAUAAUGGCAUGAUGGGACUAUCUCCUGAUGCAUAUCGCUUUGUCACAGAGCAAGACAGACAGCUGAGACUACUUCAGGCACAGAUUCAGCGCUUAUUGGAAGCACAGUCUCUAGAUCCUGGCCCCCCUAAGAUGGCAGCCACUGUGGAAGACACCGUGAAAGCGACAAGGCAAAUGGAACUGGUUUCCAUGGGAGCACAGUCUUCACCUGGCUUGCACAUGAGAAAAAGUGUAAGCAUUGCUGUGAGCACAGGUGCUAGCCUGUUUUGGAAUGCAGCAGGUGACGAUCAAGAGCCCAACUCACAGCUGAAGCAAGAUGAUACCAAGAUUUCCAGUGAGGACAUGAAUUUUUCUGUUGAUAUUAAUAACGAAGCGACAAGUCCUCCAGGUAGCGCAUCUUCAUUAAAAGCAGUUGACAUUCCCAGUUUUGAAGAAAGCAACCUUGCGGUGGAAGAAUUUAAUCAGCCACUCUCAGAGUCCAACAGCUCUUCAGAGCAGAGAAAAGAACCUGAUGUGCCUGUGUUCUUCCCAAAUGCUUUGCUGGCUGAGAGUGUGGACAUGUGCUUACAGACUGCACCAACAGAGGGAGCCAGUAACAGCACGGAAUCACCAGGGGAACCAAAAGUUGAGCCUUGCUGGCCAUCAUCAGAUAACCAGAAAAUUUAUCAGGACUUGUUGGGUCAAGUGAACCACCUACUAAGUAACUCCUCCCAAGAAAUAGAUGAACCACCUAGCAAAGAGAUAGUUAUCAACCAUGAAUGCACCAAAACCCAAAAUACUCACCAUGCAAGGAAAAGCAAACACAGCCCAGGACUGCCAGACAAAGAUUGUGUACUCAGUGCAACUAUUAAACAGCUAAGGAGCCUGGGAGUGAAAAUUGAUUCUCCCACUAAAGUGAAGAAAAAUGCCCAGAAAGUGGAUCAUGCCAGUGUUCUGGCAUGCAUCAGCCCAGAAGCAGUGAUCUCUGGACUAAACUGCAUGUCGUUUGCUAACGUUGGCAUGAGCGGCUCAAGCCCCACUGGUGUGGAUUUGAGCAUGGAGGCAAAUGCCAUAGCUCUGAAAUACUUGAAUGAACAUCAGCUGUCACAACUGUCACUCGCUCGAUCAAACCAAAAUCACUGUGACUCAUCUUUUGGCCUUCUACAUAUUAAUUCAGACAGAAACACAGUGGGGCUUAGCCUAGUUUCACCAAGCAACAUGUCAUUUGCAACGAAAAAAUACAUGAAGAGAUAUGGACUCUUACAAAGCAACGACAGUAGUGAGGAUGAAGAGGAGCCUCCCAGCCAUGCAGGAAGUGGGAGUGACCACGUGUUGGACAGAAACCCAGUGUGCAGACCUGCACAAUUCAGUCAUCAGAAAGAGCCUUCUCAGAGUGCUCGUGAAAUAGCUCGGUGUUGUAGCUAUGGCUCUGAGGACACAGGCACAGAUAUGCCAGCAUUGAGAAACAUCACAAAUGAAGCUGUGCAGCCAAGAGCAACAGAGCCCCUGCAAGAAGACGCCACUACUUCACUAAGGAGUCUUAACCCAAGCCUUGCAGCCAACCUCCGAACUGGAAAAGCCGAGUUUACUCGGCACCCUGAGAAAGAAAAUGAAAGGGACAGUGCAGCUUUUCCUCCUGCGACUUUAAAGCAAACGGACAGCAUGAAUUCCGUGGGCACCUUCCUAGAUGUAAAGCGCCUCAGACAGUUACCGAAACUCUUUUAACUCUUUGCUCCUCCUUUGUGGUGUGAGGACUAGGUGUAUAUUGAUGGAAUUUACGGAAGCCAGAUCUUUGGGAUUUUUGUUUGUUUUUCAAG